AUGGCGAAACUAGGAUCCAGCACCAGGUCCUCAAGGAGCGGUUCUUAUACCCGCCGGUACCACACACGAGCCCCCACUUCGGAUGUGGACGAAACCCUGUUUGGGAGCCCACCACAGUCUCAGAAGAACAAAGACAAAGAGACUGUCCAAAUCAUCACCAAAGACCUCAUUCGCAAUCUAAGGAUCCCAUCCAAGGAUCCUUCAGGAGAGUCCGUGGUUCUCCCUUCAGCUGAGUUUGAGCGCAUCAAAUCAGAUGCCCGGGUUCUCACCAAGGAGGAGAGGGAGGCCCUGAAGGAGGCUCAUCAGAAGAAGAAAGAAGAGGAAAUUAAAGCUGUAGAGGAAAGGAAGCGCCGACUCUAUGAGGCAGACCUGUCCCGUAAGAAGAACCAGGCCCUGACUGAGCUGGAGCUAGAGGCCCAAGACCGUGCGCAAGGCUUGGUGGAGCGAGCCAGAGCGCUAAAGAUGGAGGAAGAGGAUGAGAUCAAAAAGAUCAACAAGCUUAUUCUGGGUGCUCAGUGUCAGGCCACACUUGACACCCAGAUCCAGGAGAAGAAACAGAUCCAGACGGAGUUGUCUGAGGAGGAGAAGCGUCUGGACGCCAUGAUGGAAGCAGAACGCUGCAAGGCCUUGGAGACUGAGGAGCAGAUUGAUGGGCUGCGCAAACACGAGAGGAUCCGCUGGAUGCAGCAAAUUAAUGACCAGAUCCAGGAACGUCUGGAGGACAAGAAAAUACAGGAGACGAUGAAAGAGUAUGAGAGCCAGCAGAUACGAGAGAAGCAGGAGAGAAUGAACCAGGAAGAUCUCAAGGCCCUGGAGAUGAAGAAAGAGGAGCAACGGCAUCUGCAGGAGGAGAUCAUGCAAAUCAAUGCCCUGACCGUGCGGGCCAAGGAGCAGAGGAGAGAGGACGAGAAGCUGGCCGACAUGAGAGAUAUGGAAUACGUCCGAAACAAACUGGAGCGGGAGGCAGAGUAUGAAGCAGAGCAGCGACGAAUCAAGAAGGAGAAGGAAUUGGAGAUUGCCAGUCUGAGGAGUCGGCUUGAAAAAGCAAAAGACUACAAGGCAGAGCAGGAUGAGCUCCGUGCUCGGAGGAACCAAGAAAGUGCAAACAGAGAAUGGAGGAGAAAAGAGAAAGAGCUGGCUGCAAAGAAAGCGCAGGAGGAAGCGAUGCUGAAGGCGGCUUACUUGGAGCAGAUUCGCUGCAAGGAGCACUUCCUGUCGAUCGAGGCUGGCCGGGAGAAGGCAGAGUUUGAGAGGGUGCUGAAGGUGCAACAGGAAGCAAUCACCAAAGAGAAGGAGGAAGAGGAGAAGCAGCGUCAGAAAGCACACCGUCAGGCAGAUGCCCUCCGAUAUCAGGUGAGGCAACGGGAGCUCUCAGCCAUAGCUAAGCGCAGGGAGAUCUUGGACGAGGCCGAUCGAUUGAAGGAGGAAGCCCGGCAGAGACGUGUGCGCCUCAGUGAGAUCAAAGAGAAGAAGCUGAAAGAGCUCAAGGCUUCAGGGCUCUCUGAAAAAUACUGCAGUGAAGUGGAAAGGAAGGCCCAGGACUACGUACCCUGAUUCACUCACAGCUGGAUCCAAAAUGGUGUGAAGCUAUCACGUCUU